AUGAUCAAUGUAGCUUUUUUGGGUCCUCUUGGUACGUAUACGCACCAGGCAGUCCUUCAACAAUUUCCUGACGACGGUAAUACGCAAUACACUGCUCUGAAAACCAUCCCACAAUGCUUUCAAGAGCUUACGAACGACCUGGCGCUCGAUUACGCUGUUGUGCCUCUGGAAAACUCGACAAAUGGACAAGUGGUUUUCACCUACGACAUUUUGAGAGAUCUGAUGAAUGAGUGUGCUGAUCAUAUGCAAAAUCAGGCGCUGCCAAAGCUCGAAAUUGUUGCUGAGCAGUACGUUGCGAUCGAUUUGUGCCUGAUAUCCUCUGAAGCUCUUGACAUCGAAGCGCUCGGAAACGAUACUUGCUUAAAAAUCUACUCCCAUCCUCAGGUUUGGGGCCAGGCGACGGGAUAUCUCGAUCGUUUGAGACAGAGGGUUCACUCCCUUCAAAUGAUUGAUACCACUUCGACGUCCGGGGCGGUGCGAUACUGCUGCGAAAAGAAGGGUUUAGAUGCACCAAACGAGAUAAGGUUGGCCAUUGCCAGCAGCACGGCGGCUAAAAUGCACGGUGCCUUCAUACUGGAUAGCCCAAUCAACGACAAGAAGGGAAAUACCACGAGAUUCCUUGUUUUACGGAGAAGCGAUUCUCAAAGAGGCCCCCUUUUGGCACAACCAUCUGUGGCAUCCACCAGCGAUCAGCAGGUGUCACUUUUGACUUUUGUUGUUACACAAGAUGCGCCCGGAAGUCUAGUAGACGUAUUGAACGUUCUGAAGGAGAACCAAAUUAAUAUGUGCUCGAUCAGUUCGAGACCGUAUCACCACCCUGAUGAUAGUAAGACCAGAUUGCAAGGGGAAAGUACUGGGGCACGGAGACGCAAAUGGCAGUACGUUUUCUUCAUAGAGGUUAACCACGAUAGUGCAGUUAACUGGGCUCCUGUUGUCACAGGACUCAGCUCGAAAUCUUUAAGAUUCUGCUUCUGGGGUACUUUCAGCCGCAACCGUCGCUACUACGAGAUGACAUAG